CAGCAAACAAAACCUUUCCCUCAGGACCAGCAAAUUCCCAUGAACAACGCCAGCACCGUCUCUUCUCCUCUUCCCCUUCUCAUCGCCAUCAUCAUCAUCACCACCAUUGUCACCGCCGUCGCCAUCGCCAUCUUCCCAACAAAUCCGACCUGAAAACCCUAAUCCCUACCCUUCCUAUUUGCUCUUUUUGGGCAUAGAAUCUGGUCAUUGAAGGGGGGGUUAGCUGAAGUGAUAGUGACAGGUGAGGUGACAUAUACUGCUUCUCUCUCUCUCUCUCUACCUCCCUGGUUAUCCCAUCUUUGACCCAUUCUCGAGCUUCAAUUUACUCCGCCUCCUCCGCCCCAAGAACUCCACCGGCGCCGAGAUCGGCGCUUGCCCAUCUCCCCGGAUCCGCUCCGGACCCUGAAUCCGACGCCAAGUUUCGAUCUUUGGGAUGCCACACCCGUAUGCUGCGUGACCGACCCAGAUUGCGAAAUUGCAGAGAGAGUCACUGAUGGGAGCUGAGAAGAAAUGGAUGCUCACCCUCUUCUCGGCCACAUUCCUCUCCCUCUUCCUCCUGCUCGUCUUCUCCAUCUCCGCCUUCAGCUUCCCCAAGCCUCCCUCCCUCAUCCUCCGCGGCCCGCACCACCCGCCGGCAUUCGCGUACUACAUAUCCGGCGGGCGGGGCCAGAAGGACCGGAUCCUCCGGCUGCUGCUCGCGGUGUACCACCCGCGCAACCGGUACCUGCUGCAUCUCGGGAAGGAGGCGUCGGACGACGAGAGGAGCAAGCUGGCGGCCGCGGUGGAGGCGGUGCCCGCGAUUCGGAGCUUCGGCAACGUGGACGUGGUGGGCAACCCGGAUCCCUUCACGUACAUGGGAUCGUCGAAUAUUGCCGCGACGCUGCGGGCUGCGGCGAUUCUUUUGAAGUUGGACAGCGGUUGGGACUGGUUCAUUACUCUGAGCGCGUUCGAUUACCCGCUGAUCACGCAAGAUGAUCUCUCCCAUGUUUUCUCCUCAGUUAGCAGGGAUCUCAAUUUUAUUGAUCACACCAGUGAUCUUGGAUGGAAAGAACAGCAAAGGAUUCAACCUAUUGUGGUUGAUCCUGGGAUUUAUUUAGCCAGGAGAACCCAAAUUUUUCAGGCAACAGAGAAACGACCAACCCCUGAUGCAUUUAAAGUCUUCACCGGUUCUCCUUGGGUCAUGCUGAGCCGCCCCUUUCUUGAAUUUUGUGUUUUUGGAUGGAAUAACUUACCUCGAACCCUUCUUAUGUACUUCAACAAUGUGAUGUUGUCGCAAGAAGCAUAUUUUCACUCAGUCAUCUGCAAUUCCCCCGAGUUCAAGAACACCACUGUAAACAGCGACUUGAGAUUCAUGAUCUGGGACAAUCCACCUAAGAUGGAUCCCCUCUUUCUCAACAGUUCCGACUAUGAUCAGAUGGUCCAAAGUGGGGCUGCUUUCGCAAGACAAUUCAAACAGAAUGAUCCUGUUCUGGACAUUGUCGAUGCGCACAUUCUCAAACGUGAGCCCAGCCGAGUUGCCCCCGGACCGUGGUGCACAGGCCGCAAGGGCUGGUUGAUGGAUCCGUGCUCUCAGUGGGGUGAUGUUAACGUCUUGAAGCCUGGUCCGCAGGCAAAGAAGCUCGAAGAUUCUAUCAUGAAUCUCGUCGAUGACACGAAGUCACAGUUGAAACAAUGCAAGUGAAGCCAUGAUAGUUCAAGAAGAAAUGAAUCAUUUCCAUGACAGUGGUGCAGUCACAUAGGCGGUGUAAAAGGGUAGCUGUCGGUGGACAUACAUUCUUUCAGAUUGAACAGAAACGAUUCUUUUGAGGGUUCCUCUCAUGAUCUCUUAAGGGGCUCCUGUUCUGUGGAUAAUAGGAGGGGCGGAGAAGGUGAAACAGAGCAAAUUCACUUCAAAGUGUGGGCUGGCAUUGUGUUUUUGGGGAAAGAAGAUCGUAUGGUGAGCCUCUCUAUUAGGAAGAGGAUCUCUCUCUUUCCUUCCGGGCUUGCAAUUUGCAUGCUCUUUUUCUGCAUUUGUAUUAUGUAGGUCCCGCCUCUGCUUGUCAUUGAUCACACUUUAUUGGAGGGAAGUGCAUUCUUUAACCUGCUCUCUCUCUCUCUCUCUCUCAUAUUAUUUGAAAACUGAAUCCUGGGAGCAAGAUCUACAGGUCAUUAUCAUUUUCUACAAAA